UCGGUGGGACUGAACGCAUCGAAAACCGGAGACGGGAGCGAAGAUUGCCCGGUUUGCGUCCUUUAGGAGCCUGAGACCGCGCGGAACGAUGCUCAGAAUGAGUCACUCCGCGGGGAACAGGACUUAAAAAGCUCCGGUCCAUCCAUCUGGACACUUUUUACUCUCACCCCUUCCCCUUUGAUAGAAAGAUAAGAAUCCAGGCAGUCAUCUUCCAGCUUACAGCCCUCUUUGGGCAUCUAACCCCAGUUUAAAGACCAGUCUCGGUUUGAUUUUAGCACGAUGUGGAAGACCGGGAUCCUCCUGCUGCUGUGGGUGUUUUUGGCGUCCGGCGAACUCCAACAAGAGACGGAGCCGCGGAGACUCCCACCCCCGGGAAAGUUGGAUUUCGGUUAUGUGCCUGCGGGAGUUUACGAGACUCUGGCCCAUUACGAACCGGGACCCAUAGGGAUCUUGUUCCAUAUGGUGCACGUUUUUCUGCAUGUCGUGCAACCGAACCCUUUCCCACAAGAUCUCAUUGUCAAACUGGCAAAGGACAAGUUUGGAGCCAUUCAGACUGAAUACCAAAAGCCAGAGAACAUAGUGCUGACCCUUCAGGCCAUCUACUACGAGAUAGGCUUCCUAGUAUGUGCGGCAGUCGGCCUGCUGUUUGCAGUUUUGGUGCCGAUAGCUGGCCUCUUCUUCUGCAUGUGUCGCUGCUGUGACAACUGCGGCGGAGAGAUGCACCAACGCCAGAGGAAGAACGCAGAUUGCCGGCGUGGCCUGCUGGGAACACUACUCUUCGCCACCUCGCUGGUCAUCACGAUCGGAGUGCUGUGUGCAUAUGCUGCCAAUCAAAACCUGAGCUCUCAGGUGAAGAACAUACGGAGAUUGGUCAACAGCAACAUGAGGGACCUCCACACCUUCGCUAACGAUACACCAAUGCAAAUUGAUUACCUAAUAUCCCAAUACGCCACAGCCAAGAACAAAGUCAUCUAUGACCUAGAUAAUAUAGGUCCAUUAUUAGGUGGAAGGAUACACGAUCAGUUGGAUAAGGAAGUCCAUCCUGCCUUGGGCAGAGUGCUCAAUAUGGCUGGAGUGAAAAUCGAGAGAGCCAUCAAAGCCAUGCGAGAAACCAAGGAGGCCCUGGAGAACGUCAGUGCGGGUCUAGAGGUACUGCAGGUAGGAACAGGGAAACUCAACUUCAACCUGAGCCUGGUCCGGACCAGUAUCAACCGCACCCUCAAUGACCCAGGCUGUCAUGACGAGGAGUCAGACGCCACCUCUGCCCAGCUGUGCCGCAACAUACGUCAGUCUCUGUUCCAGCUGCAGAUCAGCGCCAACUUCACACGGCUACCAAACGUGAAUGCUCAGCUGGAAAAAGUGAACCAUGUCAUGAAAACGGACCUAAGUGCUAUCGUCCAGAGGGGCUACUCUUCUUUAAACGACACGCCACAUACGGUGAUUGAACAGACCGGAAGUGUUGUCGAGAGUGUACAGAGUUUGGUGGAGGACAUUGGCAAAAACAUCAGCAGCUAUUCCAAGGUAUUCCCUGUGCAGAGUUCCCUGUCCAACUUCACUAUCUUCAUUAGCCAUGUCCAUGCCAAGAUUGAGGACUACUACCCUGAAAUUGACAGAAUGGACUUCUACAGGUGGAUUGGCUGUAUUGCUCUUUGCUGCAUGGUGGUCCUGGUCCUGGCCUUCAACUACCUGGGCCUGCUGUGUGGCACCUUGGGAUAUGACAAGCACGCCUCACCUACAACACGAGGCUGCAUCUCCAACACAGGAGGAACGAUGCUUGUGGCCGGCGUUGGAUUUAGCAUCAUCUUCUCCUGGGUGCUGAUGGGAGUGGUGACCAGCAUCUUCCUGGCUGGAGGAAACAUGGAGAAACUUGUCUGUGAUCCCUUCCACACCAAAGAAGUCUUCAAGGUUGUGGACACCCCAUAUCUAGUCAACCCAGAUUGGAGAAACUUCAUCCCUGGCUACAUGUACAACGACUCCGACCUAGAGCUGACUGCAGAGAGCUUAUACAGUACUUGCAAAGAGAACAAAGGCAUCUACUCAGCCAUGCGUCUGGACAAAGUCUUCAACAUCUCCUUGUUCCUGAACACUACAGUGUUUACCAAGGAUGUGGUGAGUCAUCUGGACAGCGUUAAGCUCGAUCUCAGGGCAAUAACCCUGUUAGAGAAAGAGGGGAAGCAGAACCUUCUGGAUUUCUCUGAAGCAGGGCUGUCAGAAAUCAACUAUGCAGACUACCUGGAAGAGGUCAACAAAGGGGUCACUGUGAUUGACCUGCUCACAUUUGCCAGAGAGCUGGAGGCCCAGACAGAUCUCAUGCCCAGAGGUGCUCUGCAGACUUCUCUGAAAGGCCACGUUGGUACUCUGCGGCAGAUCCACAGUCAACAGAUCAUCCCCAUGGAGCAGGCCAUGAAAUAUGUUAGAGCAAGGAGCGCACUGAACCAGAGUAUAAGGUUCCUGGAAAGAACAGCCUCAGACCUGCCAAACAAAGUUUUAGCAGUUCUCGAUGCCAUCGAAGCGGCCCAGUAUCUCAUCUCCCAGAAUGCUACACAUUUAAUCAAUCGGGAAACCGAAAAAUACACAGCAACCAUUGUUGGCUACUUCCGUCAAUACAUAGAAUGGGUCAAAACAUCUUUGGUGAUGGAUGUUGCACCGUGCAAGCCCUUCAGCAACAUGGUUGACACGGCAGAGAUCAUUGUUUGCAAUUUUUUGGUCGACUCCAUGAACACAUUCUGGAUGGGUAUGGGCUGCAGCACUCUCUUCCUGCUCCCGAGCAUCAUUCUCGCAGUAAAACUAGCCAAGUACUACCGCAGGAUGGACACAGAGGAUGUUUAUGAUGAUGCCCUUGAAAACAGAAACUAAAAUACACCAUACGGUUUGUUUCACGAGCCCAUGGACCAGAAGAAGCUCAAUAAAAGCUGGUCUCUUAUUACAGGAGAAGAACAUAUAAAACCCUUUGGGUGUUUUUUUUUUAUUUUAGCAAUCAACUCAACCUCCUCAACCAAGCAGAUUAAAGCCUCAUGCAGUUACCUGCUCCCCCCUCCAGGAAACUCUGCCUGCAGGACAUCAAACUAUUCUCCCUAAGCAUCAAUCUGAGCCAGGCUUGCUCUGCUUUUUUUUUCUUGAAGGACUGCCGUGUCGCGUUUACAUUGGUUUGGACACAAAACCAACCUGAAAAAUAUAUCAGCAACAGGACAUGACAACAACUGUGAUGCCUGUUCAUAUUAAUGUACGUAUUUGUGCUUAAGAAGACAGUGGCUGAAAGGUCAUUUGAAGGUCACGGUAAGCUGCUAGAGGAAACUUUCUUCUGCACUCAGAAUGGAUGUAACACAUUCAACACAUGUUAAUACUAAAAGUGGGAAAGUCUGUCAUUACAUCUGCAAAGCAGAGUUGCAAAUUAACAUGAAAUUCAAUGUGUUGAAAAGCACUGUUGGUUGGGAGUGGCUCAUCCUUUUUCACUGCAGCAUGUGUGAGUUGGUAUGUGUCAGUGUUCUUUAAUGACUGAGAACGGGGUGAUUUGAACAAAGAUAAAAAAUAUAGGAAGAGGACGGUCCCAGGUGGAUUUGUGUGACUAAUAUAAAGAAAUUUAACAUCACUUAAAAAA